AUGCCCAAAAGUAGAAACAAAAGGUCAAGGAAGUCAGACCCCUCCAACCGCCAGAUUUCUCCCGCCUAUUCCGUAGAAGGUUCAAUGGAAGAAGUACGCGAUGAAUUUUUGGUAGAGAGAGGCGUUGACGAGAAUGUUGCGGGCAAUGUGAUAUUAGUGGAGAAGGAAAGGGUAGGAAAAGAUGGUUCGAUAGUGCCUGAGAAUCUGGUUUCUGGGCAUCAUUUCGUGGCCAAUGCUCCCAUGGUACCUGCAACGAAAAUAGCUAUUGAAGAUCUGCAGGUUAAGAUAAACAAUGGAGAAGGCAAGGUAGGUUCAGCAGCUAAUUCUGAAGAUGCUGAAAAUGGGGAAUCAUUGCUGAUGGAUUGUAAGAGGAAAUCAUUGAUGGAUGAUAAACAGGCUGCAAUGAAUCUUGCAAGAGAGUCUAGGGCGAAGGCAAGAGCAAGAGCAAGAGCAAGAGCAAGAGCAAGGGAAAGAACGAGAGAAAAAAUGUCAAUCAAAUGGCUCAAUGAAGCCAAGAAACUUUCCAAUUUCAGCCCCUCCAUUCAAAAUCAAACAAGGCCUUGGAAUGAGAUUGAAAUUAGUAAGAUAUCAGAUAAUUCUAAUAGUCACAACAUUUCCUGCUUAAAGGUGGCUGCUAAUGAAUUUGUAGCUAAGAAUAUGAUUGAGGAAUCCAUUGUCAUCAAAAGAAAGUUAAAGCCUUCUUCUGUUUUUGGCUUCCAAGAAAACUUCAUUAUUGUGCAAGAUUCUAAUUCAAACUGCAAUUCUUCACCAAAUGCUGCUGAAAAUUGGGAUUUCAGCUUAGAGUCGAGCUUAUGAGCCUUUUUCGAUCUGCAUAAGUUCAU